AAACAAAUUUUAUUGUCUUCAUCAUUUAUUUUCUCACAGCACCCCCAACGUACGAGGAGGCAAUGAGCGUUGUUUCGGCCGAAGAUUCGCAACAAUCGAGUGAUCAGGAGGAGCAGCAACAGCAGCAGGAUGCCGAACAGCAACCAGAAUCCACAAACACCAAUACGCCCAGCAAACCAUUUGCUCCACGUUACCCGGUGUACAAUUUCGAAAAUCACAACCCUGGCUGUUAGGGGGAUUACCCCCCUCCCCCUCAAAAAUUGGCCCUAUCAAACCCUAACCAUAGAUUUUCAUGCAUUCCUGUGCCGAAAAAAAUAUGCUACCACAAACAGUUGCGCUAAGCUCAUCAUACAUACGCUGGGGAUUGUGUGACUUCAAUAAAAUACAAUUCUGCGUGGCUAGUGUAGUGACUUAGUAUUUAUGAAAUCUCAUUCCCCGCCACACAAACAGCAAGCAAGUUAACAACAUGAUGGGCGCGUGAACAUUUUUUUUUCGAUAGGAGGUAUAAUGUUUUGGUGGGAUAGAUCCCAUCCACGAGAAGAGAAAACUGUUUUGGUUUCGGUGGUCACAAACACUCCCUCAAGAAUCGUUUGGGCUUGGUUACUUGUGCUUGCUGUGUAGUAUAGUCUGGAUGAUUCAUUCAGUAAUCGGAUUCGCUCGAAGAUAGACCACAAUCAUCGGCUGCGGUGAUCGCCAAAAAAACAUUCCAUGAGCGAAAAGUGAUUGUAAAUCGCUACUACCUAUUUCGAAUCUCUCCUGGUCAAAUAAAUCCCAAUAAUUGUAAGUCGCUUGAGUUUUUGUGUAAAAAUUAUUCACCGAACAUCAUCAUUGUUAUCAUCGUUCUGAAUAGGCUGACAGAAAAAAAUGAUGACUUCGAAGUACGACAUCGUAUUCGACCAGAAUCCACAUGGAGUAUUUUACGCGGGCCAAACUAUUACCGGCCGUGUUGAAAUCGAUCUGGCAGAGGUCAAAACCGUGUCAGGCGUGUAUCUGCACUUCAAAGGAUAUUCCGAAGUCAAUUUUACCGAAGAUGUAGGGACAGAAAAGAUGAUGACUUCGAAGUACGACAUAGUCUUUGACCAGAACUCACACGGAGUAUUUUUUGCGGGUCAAACAAUAACCGGGCGUGUUGAAAUGGAUCUGGCAAAGGUCAAAACGGUGACAGGUGUGUACUUGCAUUUCAAAGGAUAUUCCGAAGUCAGUUGGACCGACAAGCAAGGUAUAGGCGAGGACAGAAGAAUGAUACAUUAUACAGGCCAUGAGGACUACAUAGAUAUAAGGACCUAUUUAGUAGGAUCAAGUCACGGUGAACGCUUUGAGCUGAGCGCCGGGAAUCACUCUUUUCCGUUUUCCUACUCUCUUCCUUAUACGAUUGCUACCUCGAUAGAAGGUAAAUGGGGAUUCGUACGCUAUACGGCCAAAGUUGGGCUGGAGAGGCCUUGGAAGUAUGAUAACACAUACGUACAGCCCUUUACGGUGCUUAGACAUUUGGAUUUCAAUGAAAUUAAUCCGGACAUCUAUCGACCGAUUACGGUAAAGGAAACCAAGGUCUCUUGCUGUGGACCGUGUAGUUCGGACUCCAUGUUUAUAGUUGCCGAAAUACCAAUAUCUGGAUACGUUCCUGGGCAAACUGUGGCCAUUAAGUAUGAUGUUUAUAAUCACAGCCACGACUCAAUUGAAUAUUUUGAAGCAAAACUUGUGCGAACUGAUAUAUACAAAUGUGAAUACCCACGCACAAAGGAAAAAUACGUUCAUAGCGAAGUGGCCACGGUCAGAACUGGUGGCGCUAGAUCACUACAAAAUGUUACAAUUGAACAGUUCCUUAGAAUACAAAAUGUUAUAAUUGAACAGUUCCUCAAAAUACCCUCUUUACCCCCAACCACCCUUACUAGUAACCUUAUAAGCAUCACCUAUGCAAUCUCGAUCAAUGUUGAAGUUUCCGGAUGGGGUACCAAUCCACAGAUCUACAUGCCUAUUACAAUCGGAACCGUACCUUUGUCCAAUACAGCCGUUCCAGGAUAUUGUUCUGCCCCUAAUGUUACUAAUGAAGCCCCCGUAGUAGAUCAACCGAGGCCAUCUGCCUCGGAAAUUCCAUCUGCUCCACUGUUGAUUCCAGAAGAACUUCUUUGGUUUUCAAUUACAGCUCCGCCAUCCUACGAAGAGGCGAUACAUGCCAUCCCGGUGAAUCUGCAGGACGAAGGACAAGUCCCCGGGAUCGGUUGGAAUCCGAAGUAUAUGGUCUAUCAGUUUGGUGAUGCCGGAGCUUCGGGAUCCGGGACAAAUCAUCCAACCCGCCAAAUAGAUUUUCCGAUGCCAAAGCAAUGAUUUUUUAACUCAUCAUCAUCACUAAAAAGAAAAUGGAAUUUGGAAUUGUCCACAUUUCAGAGAUUAUUGUGAUGGUUACUUUUUAACGCUAGUCUACCUCAAUCAUAGGCCCUUAUUCUGCGCUGCGACGCGCCGAGGUGAGGAUAGUCGAGUCACCUUACCGUCACGGGGUAGUAGUAGUGCCAUCUUACUCCAAUAGUCGAUGUUAGUGAAGUGACAGAGGAUCAUUCCCAAAGUUCAUCCGAAGUGACGUUCCUCGGGUAACUCGACUGUCAUCACCUCACGCACAGCGCAGAAUAAGGGCCAUAAGCUCCAAAGAACGAAUCACUGCUACUCUACUCUGACCAUAGUCAAUUUAUUGACCUUAAAAAUUUCAACGACAACUAAUGUGCCUUUAUGAUAUGUUUGAACGCAGCAUUUUGUUAGGAAAAUAAAAUACUUGGCCUAAUAAAAGUACUUAUAAGACUUAUAAA